AUGGAAAGUGUAUUGGAAAAUGGGCACUCAAAUGGCAAAGUGAUGGAUUUUUGUGUGAAAGAUCCAUUGAACUGGGGAAUGGCAGCUGAGUCUUUGAAGGGAAGUCAUUUGGAUGAGGUGAAACGAAUGGUGCAGGAGUUUAGAAAGCCGGUGGUAAAGCUUGGCGGUGAAACCUUGACUGUAUCGCAGGUAGCGGCGAUUGCUGCCCAGGAUAAUGCCGUCAAGGUGGAGCUGUCGGAGGCGGCGAGAGGCGGCGUUAAGGCCAGCAGUGACUGGGUUAUGGAGAGUAUGAAUAAAGGGACUGAUAGUUAUGGUGUCACUACUGGUUUUGGUGCCACUUCACAUAGGAGGACCAAGCAAGGGGGUGCCCUUCAGAAGGAACUUAUUAGGUUCUUGAAUGCUGGAAUCUUUGGGAAUGGAACAGAAUCUUGUCACACACUGCCACAUUCAGCAACAAGAGCAGCUAUGAUUGUGAGAAUCAACACCCUUCUUCAAGGAUAUUCUGGCAUCAGAUUCGAAAUCUUGGAAGCUAUAACCAAGUUUCUUAACCACAACAUCACGCCAUGCUUACCCCUCCGCGGCACAAUCUCAUCCUCGGGUGAUCUUGUUCCGUUGUCCUACAUUGCUGGUAUGUUAACAGGGCGGCCUAAUUCUAAGGCUGUUGGACCCACGGGAGAAACUCUAAAUGCCGAGGAAGCCUUUAAACUUGCUGGUGUAGAUGGAGGUUUUUUCGAGUUGCAGCCUAAGGAAGGCCUUGCACUAGUUAAUGGAACGGCUGUUGGUUCUGGCUUGGCUUCAAUUGUUCUUUUUGAAGCUAAUGUACUCACAGUGUUUUCUGAAGUUCUAUCAGCAAUUUUUGCUGAAGUUAUGAAUGGGAAGCCCGAGUUCACUGACCAUUUGACUCACAAACUAAAGCACCAUCCUGGGCAGAUUGAGGCUGCUGCUAUAAUGGAACAUAUUUUGGAUGGUAGUUCUUAUGUGAAGGCAGCUCAAAAGCUACAUGAGAUGGAUCCCUUGCAGAAGCCAAAACAGGAUCGAUAUGCUCUCCGGACAUCACCUCAGUGGCUCGGCCCACAAAUAGAGGUCAUUCGUUCAGCGACGAAGAUGAUUGAAAGGGAGAUCAACUCGGUCAAUGAUAACCCCUUGAUUGAUGUUUCGAGGAACAAGGCAUUGCACGGUGGUAAUUUCCAGGGUACGCCUAUUGGAGUCUCCAUGGACAAUUCUAGAUUGGCCAUUGCAUCAAUUGGAAAGUUGUUGUUUGCUCAAUUUUCCGAGCUUGUCAAUGAUUUCUACAACAAUGGUUUGCCUUCAAAUCUCUCUGGUGGACGGAACCCAAGUUUGGACUACGGUUUCAAAGGGGCUGAAAUUGCCAUGGCUUCAUACUGUUCUGAGCUCCAAUUUUUGGCGAAUCCAGUCACAAAUCACGUCCAAAGUGCCGAGCAGCACAACCAAGACGUUAAUUCCUUGGGUUUAAUCUCUUCUAGAAAGACAGCUGAAGCAGUCGAUAUCUUGAAACUCAUGUUAUCUACAUAUCUGGUGGCACUAUGCCAAGCAAUAGAUUUGAGACACUUAGAGGAGAACCUUAGAAACACUGUGAAGAACACCGUGAGUCAAGUAGCUAAACGAACUCUAAUAACUGGUGCCAAUGGUGAACUUCAUCCAUCAAGGUUCUGUGAGAAGGAUUUACUUCGUGUGGUGGAUCGUGAAUACGUGUUUGCAUAUAUCGACGACCCUUGCAGUGCAACUUACCCAUUGAUGCAAAAAUUGAGGCAAGUCCUCGUUGAGCAUGCACUUAAAAACAGCGAAAACGAGAAGAAUGUUAGCACUUCAAUUUUCCAUAAGAUUGAAGCUUUUGAAGAUGCACUAAAGGCCCUUCUGCCUAAAGAAGUUGAGAGUUCAAGAGUGGCCUUGGAGAGUGGAAAUCCGGCCAUUCCGAACCAGAUUAAGGAGUGCCGAUCUUAUCCCCUGUACAAAUUUGUUAGAGAAGAGCUGGGAACGGAGUUGCUGACUGGAGAGAGUAUAACAUCCCCGGGAGAAGUGUUUGACAAGGUAUUCACAGCAAUGAGCGAGGGACUGAUGAUUGAUCCAUUACUGAAGUGCCUCGAGGGCUGGAAUGGUGCCCCUCUUCCAAUUUAUCCGAACCAGUUCUGA